GCGCCUCUCUGCUGAAAAUCGUUCCACUACGUCAAGUCGUCCCGUCCGCUCGGUGAAGAUGUCUGCGACGGGUACAGGCGGCUGUGGACCCGGACCCGGACCCACCUCGGGCUCCGGGUCCGGGGCUUCCAACCCCCGAAAGUUUAGCGAGAAGAUAGCGCUGCAUACCCAGCGACAGGCCGAGGAGACGGCCGCCUUCCAGGAGGUUAUGAUGGACAUCACCUCGACCAGGCUUCAGGCCCAGAAGCUCCGUCUUGCGAGGAGUCAGGGUCCGUACUACAGCGGCUCGCUGCCCAACGUCAACCAGAUCGGCAGGAACCCUCAGGACUUCCAGGGCUCCUUUCCAUCCACUCUCGAGUCCAACCGGUCCACUCGGCACCACGGUCUGGUGGAGCGAGUCCAGAGGGACCGCCGUUUCAUCUCGCCGGUCCGACCGUACCGCAACCGACAAGUGGACAGCUCGCCGUAUAACUCCGCCUACCUGUCCCCGCCUCCUGACCCCAGCUGGAGAAGGAAUUGGUCCGGAAACUUCCCCGGGGAUAAAAGCCAGUUGUUUCGUCUUCCCACCACUGCACUCAACAGGACCAACUCCGACUCGGCCCUCCACACCAGCGUGAUGAACCCUCCCACAGGAGACCCCUUCACCACAGGAGGACCCACCCUCAACCCCCAGGGCAGCCGACGCACCGGUCAGAGUGAUGGAGAGGGCAGAAGAAUGUUUCCGUAUCCCGUCCCCCCGAUCGAAGAGAACGUGUUGGAUGAAGGGAAACUGCUCAAACCCUGGGACACCAAGAAGUUGCCUCUGCUGUCGUCCCGACCCAAGUCCUGUGAAGUCCCCGGUAUCAAUAUCUUUACGUCCCCGGAGCAGCCGUCCACACCGACUCAUGGCGUCCCAUCUGCCCUCAACACCGGCGGCUCGCUGCCCGACCUCUCGAGUCUCCACUUCCCCUCCCCGCUGCCCACGCCGCUCGACCAGGACGAGCCGGGCUAUCUCGGAUCCUCCUCUCUGAGCGGGGGCAGCAGCACAGGCAACCUGGCCUCCACCCUCACUCAGCUGGGCAUCAACGCCGCCAAUGCACAGGGAGGCAACGGCAGCUUCCACCACACACAAGGUCUCCUGGCGUCUCUACAGAGCACGCUCAGUAACCCCUCCCUGCAGUCUUCGCUAAGCAACCCCAACAUCCAGUCAUCGCUCAGCAGCCACUCCUUCUCCAACUCUUUGAGCUCCGCCUCCCUGCACUCAUCGCUCAGCAACCCCUCGCUGCAGUCGUCCCUCAGCUCCUCCCCCUCCCUGCCAUCCUCCCUCAGCAGCCAAUCGCUGCACUCCUCCCUCAGUAACUCCUCCCUCCAGUCGGUGUCCAGCAGUAACCCCAGCUACAGCAGCGGCGUGGGCGGCUCCAGCUCCUGCUCCUCCUCCUACUCGCCGCUGCUCAGCGGAGGCCAGCCAUCGCUCAGUACGUCGCCACGGAGACGAGCUCAGCUCUCCCCGCUCAUCCUGCCCAUGGGAGGGGAGUCACGGAGGCAUCACUCCAAACAGUUCUCCCCCACCAUCUCCCCCACUCUGUCCUCCAUCACACAGGGCGUCCCUCUGGACACCAGCAAACUGCCUCUGGACCAGAGGCUGCCUCCGUAUCCACUCAGCCAGUCCCACCAGCACCAGCCGGGCUCCCACCAGCCUCUCCCCGGUCUGCAGGGCUCCCAGCCCGGCCAGCAGCCUUCUCAGAUGGGCCAGCACCACCACCAACAGCUGCACCGCCUCCAGCAGCAGCGGCCGAAUUCUCAGCAGCAGCAGCAGCAGCAGCAGCAGCAGCAGCAGCAGCAGCAGCAGCUCCACCUGCAGAACCUCCGCAACACACACAACCAGCACAUGCAGCACUUUGGAACGCAGCAGAGGUCGAUGGGGCAGCAGGUGAACUCGGCGAACGCGCAGCAGCUGAUAAAGAACGAGAGGCCGAUGGAUCAGUGCGUCCAGAGCUCCACGUCCUCUCAGUGUCACGUCAAACAGGAAGCGGAGCAGCAGCUGCCUCAGCUCCAACAGAUCAGCCACAACCUGGCCACCGACCUCUACAACGAUGCCUUGUUCAACUCUCUACUGGACGACCCAUAUCUGAGCCUGCAGCUCACAGGCAAAUCCAACCAGCAGUUCACAGCGGACGGUCAGGGCGACUGUCUGUCUCUGAACCACGGCGGGCUGAGCUGCAGCAGCACCGACAAGAACCAGUUUCCCUGCAACACCCAGGGGCCCCUGGACAUGCAGGACCCCGGGGACCAGCAGCUCCUCAACAACCAGAACCAGAACUACAGCGGCGGGGACGGACGACACAACGUGCCCAACAUCAUCCUCACCGGUGACUCACCGCCGGGUCUGUCUAAAGAGAUCGCCAGCGCUCUGUCUCACGUCCCCGGCUUCGAGAUGGAUCCCUUCUCCCUGGACGACCCGCUCAGGAUGGACCCGCUGGCUCUGGACAUGCUGGAAGGCGACCUGAUGCUCGCCGACCCGGCUGUGGAGGACUCUUUCCGAUCUGACCGGCUGAAGUGACCCCGGACCUCCUCUGCUCCAGGAGCUCGGUGGGACUCGGCGAAGAGACGGCCACCCGGGUGGAGGUGGAGGGGACCGGGACCAGCGCCGCUCCGCCGCCCACUCACCACUCCCCCAACCAGACGGUCUGCAGAGCGAGGUUUGGAAGCAACUCGGGAGGCUUCUCGUUGGCGAUGAAGGACCUGAGAGUUCUGUCGGAGGUCGGAACGUGACUGAAGGAGGGGGAGUUCUCCGUCGAAGGCACUUAACUGAAAAUGCUCUUGCAACGCUUGAAGUCCAGACAAACCAAGAUGCUUCUCUUUUUAGGCAUUAGCUUGUACGAGUCUUAUCUGCAUGUUCAUGAAAAACGCACUCGCGUAAAUGCAAACACGCAGGAAUGAAGCGCUCACGUGACGUCGGCUUUAUGUAAGAAACCGUCUGUACAAACCAGUAACGCUUGGAAGAAAAGCAUUAUGCACCCUGAAUCAUGUGGACCCUCCCUGACUGUUCUGUCGCUCCGCAGGAAGAAGCCGUGUGAUCUGUUUGGAUUGUUUUACCCCCAAACUGUCAGUCGGCGAUACUGCUGACGUUUGGUUCCCUCUGCUUCAUCAGCCACUUUGACAGGAGCUUAGCCAUGACUUAGAAGGUCUAUAUAUUUUUCUAAAAGAAGCUUUUCCUUCUCUGACAGUCACAGAUGUCAAAUUAACAGCCUUCUCCUCGGACCGAACCGGUCCGUUCAAAUCACGAGAAAUAAGUUAAAGAAAAGCAGGUUAAAGAUUUGGGAUGAAGUCGUCUCAGGAGUGCGUUCAGCCCCAGAAGGCUUCUUCUCUUCAAGUCUUCUGACUUCUGAAAACAAUCAUAAUGUUGCCCCAUGAUUUUACAGUUCUAAAGCUUUAACCCUUUAAAUGAUCCUGUGAUCAGAUCGGAUGCUUUCCUCUCGGGCCGCGUAUCGUUCGGACCGAUACCUUGACUUUGAUACUGUUUCCUGAACAACACAUGGCCUCGCGGCUCUCACCAGCUUCAUAACACAAGAACUAUAAACGUAUUUGACUCCGUCUCUGUGCACAACCUGUGUUUUCCAUGCACGCCUCGAGACAACCAGUCACCAGCACAGAGAGCCUGCUGCAUGCUUAUUGGCCCACUGACGCUGAUGAGAAUAAUAGGCUCCGUGUCCAAAAAGCGCUGGCCGUGUGCUCAGGAGUGUCAGAUGAAGCGUUUUGUAUCGUCUCUGACCUCCAUGUCGAGGCCAGGAAAGAGAAAAGAGCCUCGCUGACGUCACCUCAGCCUUUCUGAAAGUUGAGAUCUCCGCCUGCUGCUGCAGACACUCGCUCCUCCUCGUUUGAUUAGAGACAAAUAAAUUAGACAGAUUUUAUCCUUCUGUUUGACUCCUUCAGGUCCCUCAGUCAUCAUUUUCUCUGCUCAGCAGUUUGUUCUGAAGCAUCUUUUCUUCACUGACCCUUCACAGUACGGCCGACUCUCUUUUAGCUAAUGACAUUAAACCUCCUGUCAGCUGAUGAGAGUUAAGGAAAUGAGCGUCCUAUCUGAUCACAGAUAAUCAGUCCAUCUUGUAGUUUCUACAUCGCUGCCAGUUAGACGAGUUUAUUUCAACGAGCCGUGGUCUGAAACACGCUGCUGUCUGCCAGCGUGCAGAUGCAGCGCAGCCGGGAAAACAAAUUUCCACCAUGUGAUCGUCAGCAGCGUCACGUUUCAGCCUCGUCUGUUAGACGUCAGACGAAUGAGCCGACGCACUCGCCUGUAGUCACUUUGAAUCAAAUUAUGCAUUUCAGUGGUGAAGUUGAAUGUGUGGUGUGAUGAUGGAGGAGCAGAUGUGACGUCAGGGUUUCUCUCCAGCUCACAGAGACGGAAACAACAUGGAGGCUUCUGUCAGCGACGUGCUGCUGAAUGUUUGACUGGCUGAGGAACUCUGACGUCACAAACCUGCAGCUCCUCCCCUCUGAUGCGUUCGUACAGUCGGCCCUCAGGCUGCAGCUUUAUCGCCCUGUCAGGUCAACUUUUAAAGGGUUGUUCCACCAAUGUUGAUGUUGAUGUUGUGCCUGAACAGACUUAACGAUUAUUCUUAUGUUUGAUUAAUAUGUCGAUCAUUUUCUCGAUUGAUCGAUGAGUUGUUUGGUCUGUAAAUUGUUAGAAAAUGUUGAAACGUGUCGAUCAGAGUUUCGUCCUCACGUUUCGCUCCAACAUUCAGUUUAACGUCACAAUAUUCACGUUUAACACGCCAGAGAAUUCUGAGCCUUUUUUCUCAUUGAUUAACUAAUUAUCAAAUAAUUUAAAAUUUCUUAAUCAUUUUUGCUUGAAACACAAACUUUUCACACAGUUACAAAUUAAAUUUGUUUCAGUUCAGGAUCUGAUCCUGAUUCCACACGAGGAUCAAUCGAUCGACAGAAAAUUAAUCAGCUGAUAUUUUGCUGUUUGAUUAAACUUCCUCCAGAUGAUUUUUCACAUGAAGAUAAUUAUUUUUGGUAUCAUACAUAUAUUUCACAUUUCUAUAUGAAAAUGAGGCUAAUUAAAAGAUUCACAGCGUUUUGUCUCCAGUUUUCUGAGAGACGAUGCGCGACUGCUACGACUGCUGGAUCAAUAUAAAAUGAUCGAUUGUUGAUCGAGCAUCUUUAGAACAUAUUUCAGUGUUUUCAGACGGUUUAUUGACCAAACAUUUCGUCAUAUUGCAGAAAAUAAUCUGCAGAUUGAUUGAUCAGUUGCAGUCACUUCCUGUUUUGUGAUUUAACCAUAAAAAUCUGCAGGAAAUGAAGAAGAUGUCGUUUGUCUGUGAGCUUCAUGCAACAUCGACACAAAUGCAGUUUUUGGUGGCAUUGCCCUUUAACCCCAGUCACUGUGAUUGGCAGCCCUUAGCCCCGCCCCCUCUCUGCCUGCACUUGCUGCACCUGUGCUUCUCGCCCGCCGCCGCGGGCCGGAGCGCAGGGACGUAUUUUUAUGUAACAAAGGUUCAAAACAAAUCUUAUUAUUAAUAUUAUUCUGACUAUAAAGAAGUUUUAUUUUUUAAUCCAAAGUGGUCUGAAUCUGUAUGUACAUAAUUUCUCAAAUAAUAUCUUUUAAAAAAAAACAUAAAACAAACAGAAUAUUUAAGACGAGAGAAUAAAAAACAAACUGCUUGUAGAAGUUGGAGGUCGGAGAGUUUCUGAACAACAGCUGCAUGUGUGUGCGUGAGAUCGUGUCGUCGGUCGUGUUCGUGUGUCUGUCAGCUGUUUCUGAGUUACUGAGAGUCUGUUCGCGUCGACCGGCGGCUGCAAGGAAGCUUUUAAAUGUGGUGUAACUGUCCCUUUAAUUGUACAUGUAAUAUCAUGAAUGAUAGAAAACUAAAGUCAACUUUCCCAGAGAAUCGUUUCUAUUUAUCAUCAACAAGAAAAUCAGGUUGUUUGUUUUUCCCUCUGAUGCCACAGCCGACCAAUCACAGCAGUGUUUCCCAACCUUGGGGGCGGGACCCCUGUUCAGGGUCCCCAGAGGAUUUACUCAACACAGUUUAAACAUUAUUAUCAAAUAUCAGUUAAAAAUUAUUCAGAUAAAACAAGAAAUGAAACCAGUGAUCAGUUUAAUGUUUCCCAACUUUAUUUAUCAAGUUGGUUUGUGAAUGACGGCAGAAAACAGAACAAACAAAACAUUUCUCAUCAUAUUCAUCGUCUGAAUUUGAAGUAAAUUUGGGAGAAAAAAUGGUCGAAAAUCUUCUGUUGACUCGACAAAACAAGAAGUGUAAUUGUAGAAGGAUGAAUUCAGGUUUUCUGUUUUCAUUGAUUUAAAAAACAAAAUUUCAUUAUUUUUAUUUUUUUCUUGAUGUGAAACUUGAAAUUCUAAAUGUUGUGACUGAUGUCGCUGCAGUUCCUGCGGUUGUUACACGCUUGGAGUGUUAAAUAAUUUUACAUUUAAUAUUUAACGUCAUCAAUUAAAACUGCAAAACUAAAGUCGACUUUCCAAAAGAGGAAUUUUAAAUUUGUUGUUAAGAACAAAAUCAGAGUUGUUAGUUUUUCCUCUGGUUGGUGGACUGAGAGGGGCGGGACCUCUGCUCAGGGUCGCCAGGUGAGUUCCAGGUUACAGGUGUGUAAAAACAUUUUUAUUCAGAUUAAACAAGAAAAAACAAAACAUGUGAAACCAGUGAUCAGAAGUUUCCCAACAUUAUUUAUUAAAUUGAUUUGUUAACGACUUUUCUAAAGAAUGACUUGUUAAGACUUCAUCGCUCGUUAUUCGCCUGUUACAGACACGUCGUCCCGUAUAGAAACUUAAUUAGUUUAAAUAUUAUAAUUCAGACGAAGAUGCCGGAUGUCGUUUAUGAUUCUCAAGUUUGGUUACAAAACUCGUCCACAAGUGUUUGAUGACCGUGUUUAUAUCAGCUGAAGUAUCGAUGAGUUAAAUUCCAUUUUCAGCGUUUAAAGUUUAUUUAAAUUUCAUUUUUAAAGCAAAACCGAUAAAUUAUGUUGUUCUUGUUUUGUUUUUGGUAUUUUUAAAUGCACUUCUUGGGGUUAUUGCAGGUCUGGAAAGUUAUUGAAAUGGGUUUAUGUUUCCAGGUUGUAAAAUGUUUGGAUCCAGAAGUGGACGUGAACCGGACGGGUCGUUAGUUUCAAAUCCAGCAAAUCGAAGCAGUAAAAGUCGUUUUCUGAGCUGGUAGUUAAAAACUGAAUAAUAAUGAAUGAGUCUGAAGACCGGGCGUCACUGCUGCCCCCUGCAGGUCAGUCCAGGCUGCUGCAGCUCGUUGUCGUCGUGUCCUCUCCGGGCUUCUGUAGCGCUGGUCAGAUCCGGUCUGAAUCGUAGUCGUUCUGACGUUGGUGUCGUCUCUGGGUUCUGAUCUCUGUGCUGCUGUCGGAUCAUGUGGAGGCCUGAAGCUGAAGCUUAAAAUAAAUAUGUAAGAAAUUCAUUUUAAAAUAAAGUGAAAUGAUACAGGAGAAAUAAAUGCAUUUAAAAACAGAAAUAACAACUUAUGUCACAUUUAUGAAUCAAUUAAUGGCUGCAUUUAUUUUUAGUAUUUUCUUGGUGCAUUAAAAGUCAAAUAGAUACAAAAAUGAAAUAUUAUUUGUUUAAUUUUAGAAUAUUCCCAUUGAGAUUUAAACUCUUUCACAAAGGAGCCAAGACUCAUAAAUCAACAACAUCUGUAACUAUGAAACAAUUGAGAAGCGAGCGACGAUCAGAAAACGACAUCAGGCUGAUGAUGAUGAAGAUGAUGAUGUGUUGAAACAUUUCUUUAAUGCUUUUAUUUGUCACUUUCAGGCCUCCAUAGUUUUCCUCACCUGGAGAGGAAAGUUCUGUUGUUAGAGCAGAGGUCGGUCCGGUCGGCGCCGGCAGCCGACCAGGUUUCAGUCAGAGAUUAAAACUUGAGGACGUGUUUGUGUUGUCGUCGUCUGGUGGACCAGGAGGUGAUGAAGGGGGGCGGGAAGUCGCUUCGUGCAGCCAUGUUGGAUUAAAUGUUACUGUGCUAAAGUUCUGACCAGGACGGAGAGUUAAUUUGAUCCGCUUGUUGUUUGAGCUGGUUUCAGAGUUUGGUUCUGUCGGGCAGUGAAGCACCGAGUGUUCGAUGUUCCUGUAGGAAGACGACUUUUAAACAAAUUAAACUUCAAGCUAAAAGGCUUUUUAAAACCGAUUUCUUCACUUAAUGUUGGUUCAUCUUCAUACGAGUUAUUAGAAGACUGAACUCUUUAACACAUCAGAUUAAUCAGGUUUGGAUGGAAAAGUCCGGAAACAAGAUUAAAAGUUUCAUCCAAACGAGAUUAAAGAAAGAAAAUUCAGCAACAAGGAACAAAUCAGUCUGACAGAGACGACAUCUUUAUUUUCUAGAUGUAGUUUAACAGGAAAUACAUUUAUAUUUAAGACAUUUUCAUUUUAAAAGCACAGUCGUUUUAUUUUGACGCUAUUGAACAGGAAAUCAAAAAAUAAAUCACCCUUUAAUUCUCCCACUUGUUUGUUACACUGACGUCGUCCUCCACCUGUGUGUGUGUGUGUGUGUGUGUGUGUGUGUGUGUGUAGCAUCUUGCCUGAUAUGCAAUAAACCUGUUGUGAGUUAACAUGCAGUUCCAGACUCUGCCAGUAGGGGGAGCUGUUGACCAGCGAGGUAGUAAGUGUGUGUGUGUGUGUGUGUGUGUGUGUGUGUGUGUGUGCAGACUAGGGAUCAGUUAAAGGCCAUAUUUCAUAUUUUUUCAUAUUUUCUAUUGAUGUAUGAUAUUAAUUUCUCGUAUUAUUAACGUUAUUGUCAGUGGUCGUGUGGAGGAUGAACUGAGCGCUCUGCGUCGUUUCGCUUUGUAUUUGAAUAAUAAAUUGACUUUUUUGUUGUUGUUGUAUUCAGAUUUUUAUUUGAACCUUGUCAUAAAUAAAUCAAUAACCAGGGAA